AGGAGCAGCUCAAGGGGAGAGCACCAUCACCUCCCAAAACUCCUGUGCCGAAAGAGGGACAGAAAUCCAUGGUCUCCAUCCCACGGCACUUGGACCAAACGACGUCAUCGCCUUCCCAGCGGCUUUAACGUCAUUAAGCUGCACACGUUUUGUGGGAGAAGAGAAACAAAAUACAGGAUUUCCUGUUCUGCAGCCACUGGACCAGGCUGCAGAUGCCGGCAGGAUUCCAGCCCUCCGAAAACAUGUGGAAGUUAAACGAGGAGCCGCUGGGAUGGCUGAGGAGCUCGGUGGGCAAUAAAAGCCGGGCGCUCGCUGCUCGUGCUCUCUAGCAUGGCUGUGCCCCCCCUGGGGCAUGGCAGGCACGGGAAGAAACCCUCCACCUGCCUUAACCACCCCAUGAGCAAAGAGACUCAGCCGAGAUGGAGAGCAACGUGUCCUCCGGGAACUGCACCGACCCCCAGAUGUCCUUCCAGUCCACCCUGUAUGCCACCACCUACACCCUCAUCUUCAUCCCCGGGCUCCUGGCCAACAGCGCUGCCCUGUGGGUCCUGUGCCGCUUCAUCAGCAGGAAGAGCAAAGCCAUCAUCUUCAUGAUCAACCUGGCCGUGGCCGACCUGGCCCACGUGCUCUCACUGCCCCUACGGACGUAUUACUACAUCAACCACACCUGGCCUUUUGGGAGUUUCCUUUGCCAGGUGUGCUUCUACCUGAAGUACCUCAACAUGUACGCCAGCAUCUGCUUCCUCACCUGCAUCAGCAUCCAGCGGUACCUGUUCCUGCUGCACCCCUUCAGGGCUAAGGGCUGGAAGCGGCGCUAUGACGUGGCCACCAGCGCCCUGGUCUGGCUGUUGGUGGGGGCCGCAUGCCUGCCCCUCAUCAUCGUGAGGAGCCCGGCCCUGUCCAGCAACAUCAACACCUGCUUCUCGGACCUGGGGGUGAAGCAGCUCAGCCCCGGCGCCUCCAUCACGCUGGUGACGGUGGCAGAGCUCUUCGGGUUCGUCAUUCCCUUCGGGAUCAUCGCGGGCUGCACGUGGAAGAUGUGGCAGUCGCUACGGGAGGGCCCCACGCAGCUGCAGAAUGCGGGCGAGAAGCAGAAGGCCCUGAGGAUGGUGCUGAUGUGCUCGGCCGUGUUCUUCAUCUGCUUCACCCCCUACCACAUCAACUUCCCCUUCUUCAUGAUGGUCAUCGAGAACCUCAUCCGGGACUGCGCCGUGCACCAGAGCACGCUGCGCUUCCACCCCAUCUCCCUGUGCCUGGCCAGCCUCAACUGCUGCCUGGACCCCGUCCUCUACUACUUCAUGACCUCCGAGUUCCAGGACCAGCUGCUGCGCCACGGCUGCGUCGCCCUCCGGGCCCGGCUGGCCCAGCGCCGGAGCAGCCUCUCCACUGCCGACACCGACAUCCGCACCAGGAACAGGAGCUUCCCACGCUUCAGGUUUUGGUCUUUCCCCAAGUUCUUUGGCCGAAUAAACAGCGUGGAAAUGCCCCCUGUGCCGCCUGAUGAGCUGCUGCUGGAGUCCAUCUCCUGAACAUCAGCAGCUCUGCCUGUGCAGGGGCUUCUUGUCGCUUGAGGACUGCAUUAGGUCUCCAAACACGUUCUGAAUUCCCCUUGUGUGCCACAGAUGGCAGGAUCUGACCCAGCAGGACAUUGGGAUGCCAAAAGACUUGCUGGUUGUGUUGUUGCUGCUGGGGGCUGUCACCUGACACCACUUUCCAUUGGAAUACUGGUAAAAUCCCUCCAAAAGCUGUCAGCAGUGCCAGAGCUCCUUGUGCUGAACAACAGCAGGUUCAGAUCCCUCUCAUUUUGGUGUUUCAGUGCUUCUACAUAUUUGUCACAUUUGAAAAUCCUUCUGAAUCCUGAGUUGUGAGCUCUGGGAGUUCCAGCUCUGAACACGGGCACUUACAGCCCAUAAUAACUUAGAGCAUCCACCACACUCACAGGAGGCUCUGGAUCAGGACAGUUCAGUAUCUCCACAUAAACUGAACCUCUUUCCACUACAAAAAUCCACCACCCAGACCUGAUCCAGGCUAAUCUGGACUGCAAGACAAUAACUCUACAGACAUACACCAAGCAAAGAUCAUUAACCUACAGCCCACCAGUGUUAAAGGGAGUGUGCAAACAAACUGGGCUCAGCUCACACUACUGGGAAAGGCACCCAGAGCUCAGCAAGAGGAUCCACACCUGGCUCCUGGGAGCUGCAGGGUGCUCAGCUGAUGGGGGGGAUGAAUAUUUGAAGACAAAUAGUGAUGGAUAUGCCACAAGCAAAGAGGAAGAUGAAGGAUGUCUCCCUGGGCACGUUUACUCACAGAAACCUGGUGUGAGCUGCAAAAGUGAGGACUCAUGUUGGUGUUGCUGUUUCUUGUGUUGUUAUGAGGAGUGUUGUGUUAUUUGUCACCUUGCUGAUGCCUGUGGUUGCAGAUUCAGAUGUUAUCCAAACGUUCAGUUUUGCUUUGAAUACCAGAAAAUGCCCCAACCCUCGCUGGGUCCUGAGAAAAGUUUACAAAGCUGACCCAAGUACAUCCUGAAGGCUUCAAAUUCCAAGGAAAUAAAAUGAUU